CCGUGCUUUCAAGUUGUCCGUCAAAAGAUGGCCAAGUUCAGUCCGCACCAGCUGUCGAAUCCUCGGGCGAAUGUCUUCAUCCUGGUCAAUCUGGGAUGCGAAAUGCUCUACGUGAUCGAUCAGCGGCUGAAGGCCCAGCAGAUUGCACAGGAUAAGUCAAUUCAGGUUAUUCACGAUGUGACCGCGGUGCUGCUGGAGCCCAAGUUUAUAGACUCCUUGCUGAACGGAUCGAAACACAAUAAUGCCCAGCUCCUGACCGCCGAGCACUGCAAGUUCAUGCUGAAUGACAUCGCCACCUGCUCCUUGAUGAGACUCGAUGACCAGUCGAUGUCCAAGCUGUGGAACCUGAUGACCAUGGUCUACAAGUGGCAGCUUUUCGUGUCCCGACAUCAGCACCACCUGCUGGAGAUUACCUUCCGGCACUUGGAGGCGGUCAAUAGGUUGUAUCCCGAUGCCAAGCGACACAUGUUGAUUGACUUCACGAAGAACACACUGCUGGAUUUCUGGAACGCCAGCGGGGAGGAAGCCCAGCUGUCCAUUUACCAGACGAACCGCGCCUGGCUGCAGUGCUUCAACACCAAGAUAUCGCUGCUGAUUCGCCUGGGAUUCCAGGCCAUGGACGGGAGUUUCUUCAAGGAGGUGGACCAGGAAUACUUCACGGAGUAUGUCCAGUCGGCGGGCGAUAAUAUCUAUGUGAAGAGUGCAGAGCAGCGGGAACAGCAGGAACGGGAGCCCAACAGCAUGGAUCAACUGGCCGCCCAGCUGAACAUCAGUCCACCGCAAGGCGAGGAUCUGCAGCCGAUCAAUGCCCGCCAGUUCCAGCAGCAGUUCGAGCAGGCCUUCGGCAAUGUGAUUUUCGAUGAUCCGGUGGCCAGCAGCUCCUCCGGCUGCGAGUUUGUCCAGCUGGAGCCCACGACGCCAUCUACGGCGAUGUCGCGGGGUGGAUCCUUGCUGAACCAGAACCUGCUCGACUUGUACAGCAAAAUUCCUUAGAGCCAGUGCCUUUCGUUU